GUGCUUCAUUACUUUUUUACAUCUGCAUUUCAUUGAGUUUUAUGAAAAUUGCCCUUUAUUUUAUCGCUUCUUAUAAGUGGUCAGUAUUUCAUCAGUAACUGCAAUUUAGUUUUGUAAAGAAUUUAUGAAUUGAACAUAUGCUAUAAUCUUAUUCUAUAUGUUCUGUUAGAAUAUUAUUAGAAAUAGGAAUAGUAUAUACCAAAUCCUACUUGGAAAAGGAUUGUACUUUAGUGUCUAUAAAUGGGGUCUUGAUGUAAUUAUGUAAACACACCAUUCAAUAAUAUUUUUCUCCAUUAUUUCUCACAUGGUAUCAAAGCCAGGCUUACCCAGUUCAUUGUUUCCGAUGUUGAGUCCCCCGUCUUAUAUUGUCCACGCUCCAGAUGUUCAGCCCUGGGCGUGCGGGGGGGGUGUUGGAGUCCCAUAUCGGUGGAUUAAAGGGUCCUUGGUCUCCUUAUAUGGUCUUGGGCAAUCCUCCCCUCAUGAGCUAGUUUUUGAGGUUGAGUUAGGCCCAAAGUUCAUUUCUUUAUCAUGGUAUCAGAGCUUUGGUGAGAAACUUAAGAAAAGGAAAAAAAAAAACUUCAGUCACCGUCGUCAAUUCCGGAGACUGAUUUGUGUCAUUCUUUAUUUUAAGGGUUGUGUGAAAAAUACAACACCACCAAGAGGCUCGGAAAGCUCAGGCGAUGCAAACCCGACCUAAAAUCACUGGAAAAUCAGCCCCACGCGCCCCCACGCGCCUGCCGAAAAUUGGCAAGUUCAAUCACGCGCCGGCGCGUGUGCCUUCUUCGGUUGAAUUUUUUGAGUGGUUCCUUUUUUGUUGGGUCGCCGUCCUUUUCCGAUUCGGCCAGUUACCCUAUAUUCAAAUUCCAGCAACUUUUUUGAAAAUUCUAGCCGCCGAAGUUAGGGUUCCGGCGGCUUCAGUUUUUUUUUCCUGAUAGUUUUUUUUUAUUCAGAGAUUCAGUUACUGUUCUUGGUACUUUCAAGUUAAAAUUCCCAACAUGUCUUUAGGGUAUGAUGUUUUUAGCCCCAAAACUACCGGUAUCGGAAAUUCAAGCCCAAUGAUCACUUUCGAACCAUUAAUGGGAAGUUCAAAUUAUUUAGCCUGGGCUUCCUCAGUUGAGUUGUGGUGCAAAGGUCAAGGUGUCCAAGAUCAUUUAACAAACAAGGCGAGUGUGGUAGAUGAAAAGGGAAAGUCUAGCGCGGAUGAUGCGAAAGCUAAAGAGCAAUGGGAGAAAGUUGAUGCUCAACUAUGUAGUCUCUUAUGACGAUCUAUUGAUUCCAAGUUGAUGCCCUUGUCUCGUCCAUUCCAGACGUGUUAUUUAGUUUGGGAAAAGGCUCGUGCUUUAUACACUAAUGAUAUAUCUCGUUUUUAUGAUGUGAUAGCUCGAAUGACCAAUUUGAAGAAACAGGAAUCCGAUAUGUCUACUUACUUGGGACAAGUACAAGCAGUCAUGGAAGAAUUUGAUACAUUGAUGCCCGUCACUGCGAAUGUUGAAAAACAACAAGAGCACAGACAAAAGUUGUUUUUAGUUCUUACACUUGCUGGACUUUCUACUGGCCAUGAUGCUGUACGUGAUCAGAUUUUAGCUAGUCCUACGGUUUCUACAAUUGAUGUGUUAUUCUCUUGUCUGCUUCGUCUUGCCGUGCCUCCCGGUCACAAAGUAGUUUCAUCACCCACUGUUGACUCUUCUAUUCUUGCAUCUCAAAACAUAGAAAAACGAACAUAUCAGCCUAUGGAAAAUCGGCGAGGAGGAGGUAGUUUUGGAAAAUCUUGAUCAAAGUGUAGUUAUUGUCAUAAAGUUGGACACACUCAGGAUAUAUGUCAUAGUUUGCAUGGUCCACCAUCUAGUUAUGAGCCUGUUGCUGUAAAGGAAUAUAAUGAGUUCCUUCGAAAUCAAGCAACUAAGCAGACAUCUCCACAGCCUAAUCGACCAUCCAAUAAUGCUUAUAUUGCCCAAACAGAAUAUAAUGAGUUCCUCCCGUAUAGAGCAAGUAAGUAGACAACUCCACAAGUAGCGUUAGUUGCCCAGCCUGAUGCUUCUGUUGCUGGUGAUCCUUUUGCUUGUGUUUCACAGUUUAGUACUCUUGGAUCAUGGGUUGUAGACUCAGGUGCUUCUGAUCAUAUUUCUGGUAACGAAUCACUUUUGUCUAAUAUUGUUUAUUCACAAUCUCUUCCUGCUAUUACUUUAGCCAAUGGGAUCCGAACAAAACCAAAAGGAAUUGGAAAAGCCAAACCUCUAUCUUUUGUCAUUCUAGACUCUGUUCUUUAUGUUCCUGAUUGUCCUUUUAAUCUUGCAUCUGUUAGUCGUUUGACACUUGCCCUUAAUUGUAGGAUAACCUUUCUUGAUGACUCUUUUCUA